UAUGAAUCCCGCCUUGUCGCUGACUUGAUAUUCAAGAUAUUUUUGAUUGAAUGCACUUUCUUGUCAGCCUAGUAUAGAUCUUAGUCUAACCUCACAUAGGGCCACCAUUCAGGGUAGAGUAUACCAGCCAGCUGCCUGCCUACCUAACUAUAUCACGCACGCACCUACCUAGCUAUCUUACGCAACCAAAGUACUUAGCUUGGUCAAAAGGCUUGAGAUCGGGCUCUUCCCAUACAAUCGUGGAUAUAGAAUCGUGUACCAGAUCAUCGCGGUACUGAUUUGGAGAGCAUAAGACUUUCUCAAACGAACAUCGACAAGCAGACGAGGUAGACGCACACAAUCCGUAUAUUCCGGCCGCAGCCUGCGCCAUCUACCACACAAUGUGCUUCAUCUUCACCUGCGGUGAGCAUACCUUCCGUAAGGAAGUCGAAGGAUACGAAGGAAUCACCUGCCAAUGCCACAACUGCGGCAACUAUGCCGCCAAUGUCCAAAAGACGAAUCCUUGGUUCACCUUCUGCUUCAUUCCAGUUAUACCUCUUUCCAUGAAAGGCUACACUGAUAUCACCUGCCGCGUUUGCAACUUUGCACAACCACUUGAGCACCGACCCGACGUACAACAGAUGAAAGGAGGAGGAGGCGGCGGCGGUGGUGGGUAUCCCAUGCAACCACAGCAAGGACCACCGCCCGGUUGGGGUGGCCCACCCCCGGGGCAACAACCGAUGCGAUACGGGUAAUGCGAGUCGGGUACUAGGUCUAAUUAGAUUUGACGCGGUCCCGUUUAUGACUUUUUCCUUCCUUUCGUUUAUUUUUCGUCUUUUGGAUAGUUGUGAUAUCUGGAGCGCGUUCGCAGGCUGGUGUUGUGGCGUUUUAUUCUUAUCCUUGUCGGUGCCGGUCACUAUGUACAUUGAUUACGGCAAACAAGAACCGAGACAAACAAACAGCCAAGUACAAGUGUGGCUUGUGCUUGAACAGCGUCUAUAGCUCGAAAACCAUUCGGAAUUUUUUUUUUCUUCUUUUC